GAAUUCUAGACAUCAAGUUUCUCAUCAACCGGUGACCUUCGUACCGUGCAAACAUUUGUUUGCGUCCUGUCUUUGACAACCAAACCAGUUCAACCACAUUCUUUACCUGGCUUCGGCCUCUUCACACUUUCAUUUUUGCGUAUAUACUUAAUAUCUUCUUAAUAAUGUAUCCUUCAAAGUCUUUUACUGUGGCUGCGGCUACUUUUGCGUUAAUUGCUCCUGCUGCCGCUCUCUAUGAUGCAUCAUCACCUGCAAAUUUGGCUUUGUAUUGGGGCUCCGGACCAUCUCAAACCAAUCUUUCAUAUUACUGCGAGCAAUCUACAGUAGACAUCAUUCCAUUAGCUUUUAUGAAUGUUUUCCCAGCACAAGGUGAUGGUUACCCAGCCGAGAACUUUGGUAAUGCUUGUUAUGGUCAACCAAUCUUCACACCAGGACCAGGUUAUCCAUUGGGAGAUGUAAACACUUCGAAAGAUCAGCUUUACGUUCAGUGCCCAGGCAUUCAAGAGGGAAUUCCUUACUGUCAAUCACUAGGAAAGAAGAUACUACUUUCUCUCGGAGGAGCCUCGAACACUUAUCAACUUACAGGAGCAGCUGACGGAGAAUACUUCGCUGAUUUCUUAUGGGGAAGCUAUGGACCUUUCAAACAAUCGUGGUUGGAUGCUGGUGGAAUUAGACCAAUGGAUGGUGGUUACUAUGGAACUGACUCUAGUGUUCACAUUGACAUUGAUGGAUUCGAUUUCGAUAUCGAGUUUGGUCCUACAGAUUAUUCCGAAGGUUAUAUUGCAAUGAUCAACAGACUCCGAGAACAUUUCGCCGAGAACCCAUCGAAGAAAUAUUUCAUUUCAGGAGCUCCACAAUGUCCAUUGCCAGAACCAAACAUGGGAGCCAUGAUUGCUGGUGCCCAAUUCGAUCUUUUAUGGAUUCAAUUUUAUAACAAUGCUGCAGCUCAAUGCACAGCUCGUCAAUGGGCCGACAACUAUGCUUUAACUGGACAAGAAGAUUCUGCAGAAUUCACCUACGAUCAAUGGUUGUCAACCAUCAACAAUGGUGCAAGUGCUGGUGCCUCUAUCUAUCUUGGUCUCCUCGGUUCUACCUUAGCAGGAACUGCAUCUGACUACAUCUCUCCACUCGAGGCUCAAAGCUUGAUCGAGUCUUAUCAUAACAAACCUCAAUUUGGAGGUGUCAUGAUUUGGGAAGCUACAUAUUCUCAAGAAAACACAGAUGAAGAACUUAAAGGGGAUUCUUACCACGGAUUUAUUAAGUCUUGUUUGGCUUCUUACGCACCACCUCCUCCCACCUCGACAUCCUCGAUUGUUCACAGCACUACUAUCAGUAGUUCCAGCUCCACUUCAGAAGUCUCUAUCACUUCCAGUGUCCCAGCAUCGACUGAAUCAUCUGCUGCUACCAGUAGCACUGUGAUCUCGAUCUCAAGUACUUCGACCUCGGUUUCGGAAUCUUCUUCCACUUCAACUUUGACUUCCUCAGAAUCUUCUACUACAUCAUCCUCGAGUUUGUUGGAGACCUCAACUACUUCAACGUCUACUUCUACAUCCGUUUCGGAAACCUCGACCGUCACAUCCUCUUCAUCAUUGGAAUCUUCUGCUGCACAAUCUUCGACUUACUCAGAAGUUUUGCCAACUCAAGCAUCAUCUGGCUACACCAUCCCAGGAUAUUCUCACAAGGCGACAUCUUCUUUGACCCACUCCCAAGUUCAUUCCUCAAAGCCAGCUGGAAGCUACACUUUCACUGGACAUUCUUCUAAACCUACAAGCAUCGCAACAGGCUACACUUCGAAGUCUCACUCCGCCAAGCCAUCGUCUAAACCAUCUUCCGGUUACACUUCAGUGUAUUCCUCUAACUCUACUACUAGUGGAAGUGUUCACUCAUCCAGACCAUAUUCCACUAAGUCUGUCGUCACAGGUACUGGGGUUUCUAGCAAGCCAUAUCACACCAAGUCUUCUGUGAUUGGUACUGGAGCAUCCACCAAACCAUACCCUACCAAAUCUUCCAUAGUUGGUACAGGUCAAUCUAGCAAGCCACGCCCUACCAAAUCUCUCGGAACUGGUGUUAAAUCUUGCAAGAGCAGAUCCAAGACCAGAACCAGGACCAAGACCAAGACAAAGACAUCAUCUGCAGGCCCAUCAGGAUACCCGGCAUCGACUUCUUCCGUCGUUAUCUCAUCUACUGCACCAUAUGGAAACAGUACUUACAGUCACUCAGAAACUACUCCAGCUUCCAGCGCCACAUCUUCAGUUGAGGGAAUUACUGUAUCUUCAGGUACUGCCACUGAAACUGGGCCAGGAUCUAGUGCAACCGACUCAACCGUCGUAGGACCUUCUACAAGCGGUACCAGUGAAUUACCAACUGGAUCUGCUACCAACAGCGGAUCUGUAACAUCAGAAACUGGUUCUGCCUCCGCUAGUGGAUCUAUUUCAUCCGGGACUGGCUCGAUAACUUCGGCUAUUCAAUACACUACUUCAACAGCUUAUGUUACCACAGUCUAUACAAUCACCUCCUGUGCCGCAACAGUUACUGAUUGCCCAGGAAGAAUUGGAUCCGUAACCACUGAAACCAUUUCCUCUUACACCACUGUCUGCCCUGUCACUGCAACUGCCACCUCAACAUCUUCUGCUGAAGGAAUUUCCGUAUCUUCAAAGCCAUCUUCGGCCCCAGGAGUCACUGCAUCGCAAACACCAUCCUCUUCGGCCCAAGGAAGUGCUACAUUGCCAAUUACUUCAGUUGUUCAAUACACCACAUCUACGGCUUAUGUAACCUCUGUUUAUACCAUCACAUCUUGUGCAGCAACCGUCACCGAUUGCCCAGGAAGAAUUGGUUCUGUAACCACCGAGACAAUUUCCUCUUACACUACCGUUUGCCCUGUAACAGAGACCAGUGGAAACAGUGGCAUUGUUAGCUCCACAUCUUCCCCAGCUGGAGGACCCGUUCCAACCACAACAGUUACUUCAUAUGGAACUUCAACUGUCUACCAAACAUCUGUUUAUACUAUCACUUCAUGUGCUCCAAGUGUAACAGAUUGCCCGGCUAGAUCAGGUCAAGUCACAACUGAGACAAUCUCAUCAUACACUUCCGUGUAUCCAAUCACUGUUUCUACUGCUCCUAUCAAUGUACCUACCUCCGGAGCUUCUUCAGCUGCUGGAAUCGAAACUUCAGUACCCGGUGUCAAGGUUUCUUCCACCGCCAGUAUUUUCACCUCAGCCCCUGCAGCUGGAGCUUCAUCUAUCGCUGGUGUAUCGUCAGCAGUUCCAACCAAGGGUGCCUCUUCAGCUGCUGGCAUCGUAACCUCAGUCCCAGUCAUCGGAGCAUCCUCAUCCGCGGCCACCCCUGAAGCCGCAUCCCCAACAAGCCUCUACACAACCCUAAUCUCCACCCUUAUCAAUUCUCAAACCACCACCAUCUCCGCCAUCGUCGCUCCUUCAAUCAUCACCGUUGUUCCCGUUGCAAUCGCAUCCCCAUCUCCAGCUUCAUCGCCAUACACCAGCAUCGCACCACCGUAUGGUGCUGGAAACGGCACCUUGGUCGCUACGGGCACCGCAUCGUCGAUUACGAGAGUGCCAAAACCAAGUUCGUAUGUGGUUAAGGCGGAGGGCGAGAGCACUAGUGCAAAGAGUGGAAGUGUGACGACUCAGAUACCGGUGGCGACUCCGAGCGCGGUUACUUUCGAGGGAGGCGCGGAGAAACUGGUUAAAGGGUUGGGUGUGUGGGCUGCUGUGGGUAUGAUGGGGUUGGUUCUUUUCAUCUAGCAUUUAGAUACUUUAUGAUGAUGAGGGGGUUUAUGUUUGCAUGUAUGUAAGAUAGGAUAAUUUUCUUGGGCGGAAGGGGGAUAUGUUUAUGAUAAAAAAAUCAAUCUAUUGAUUAUUCUUUUGUAUGUAGUAUUUUUAUUUUUGAAGCUUUGAUUAUGAUAAAUGAUAGAUUGUUUUGUCUUUGGUAUUUUUUUGCA